AUGUUAACAGAAAUGAGUGAAUUUGAUAUUCCGUUACAAGUAUUGGAGUUUAAAUGGAAACAAAAUUUACAACAAGAAACCGAAGACUGCUAUCAAAAAGUUGUGGCCAUUCUUAACGUCUUAAUGAAUGAUAAACUUAACGACAAUUUUUACGCUAUUGUCUAUCGAUGCGAACCAAUGACUGACAAACAAAUGAGUGAACACAUGUCUGCUUUCAAUCACGACGAAGACAUCGCCAUCAAAGACAACGACGAGCUAAAAAUUAUAAUAGAUUUAUGGAUUCAGGACUCGACUAAACUGAGGGCUGAAUCACAAAAAGAGCUCCAAAAUGUGACCAAAUGUGAAGAGUUUCUCAAAUUACUGGACAAACAAGAAAAGGAUUACACGUUUGCCAUCAAUAAAGUAUUGAAGAGCGACCCUCACAGUGACGACUAUCAAAGCCAUGCCAUCCAAACCAAUGGCUUAGUAUCCGCAUCGAGUCCACCCUUGCCUGACAUAACUGCAGUGUCUCCACCAUCUGAUGCCAACAAAAAAGUGGUUGAAAAUACAUCAGAAGUGAAGAGCGAACUCAUAAUAACGCUAAAAGUGGACGAAAAUACCAAAGAUUAUUCACUGCCGGAAGCGAUUGCUUUGAUCAGUGAGAAGAAGAACACGUUUGCGAUGCACUUCUUCGCCGCCGAUUGUCUUGAGUAUAGCGUUCGCGCUCUUCAGGCACUCAAUCAUCACAAACGGACUCAUAUUCAGAAGUGGUGU